AUGGACCAGCGACAGAGCAAUGGAAGCGGGAGCGGAAGCGGCAGCGGCAGGCGCAACAGGAGCCAGACGACCGCCGAUGCCCAACGAGACGACUUCGCAGACUAUGCGACCUUCACGACCUCGAUUUCCACCAGCACCGGCACCAUUACAACGACGACCUCUACCACUAUACGUGCCGUGACGCCCGAGUCUGCCGCUGAGUCUGCCGCCGAGUCUGCCACCGAGUCUGCCGCCGCCGAGUCGCUGUAUACCUCGCCGCCCCAGUCCCCGCGAUCGCACCACGGCAGCAGCCACGGCAGCAGCGCGAACCACGCUCCCGCCCGCGCCAACAGCAGCGACACGUACAGCAGCAGCAGCCGCCAUGCCCGCAGCGGCGGAGAGAGCAGCCGGCCGCGCACCCGCACCCUCGAGGAGCGCAGCACGCGGGACAGGUCGCCCAGCAGUCUGUUCAUGGCGGGAAUGCCGGGGAGCCGCCAUCGCAUUGGGUCUGUCAACAGCAGCAGCAGCGGCGGCGGCGGCGGCGGCGCAGGCGGCGGCUUCCAGAGCCUCGAGGAGGGCUUGGUGUCUUCCAUUGGGCACCCCUCGACCAUCCCGGGCCCCUCGCUGCAGCCUCCGCUGCGCACCGCCAGCAGCAACACCCGCCGCCCCCAGCAGCAGCAGCAGCAGCAGCAGCAGCAUGCCUCCGCGUCCGCAAACAGCGCGCAGCCCGAGUCGUGGGCCUCGCCCGUCCCCGCGUCCGACGUGCGCAAGCUGAAGAGCCUCAUGCGCACCACAUGCGGCAAGAUGCAAGGCCUGCUGGCCUUCCGCCGGGGUGAGGCGAACGCGUGGGCGCUGUCGUACUGCUUCAUCAACGACGAGGCCGGCAGUCUGCUCUACGAGCCCAAGAACGACAACACGCACACGCGCACCCUGAUCCCGGACCUGCGGGGCUGCCACGUCAGGAGCGCCUACGAUGGGGAGGCCUGCACCGCCUACCUGCAUGUCACGGUGCACAACUCGAAGCUCGAGGUCCAUCUACGGCCGCCGACGCAGGAAGAGUUUGACUUGUGGUUUGCUGCGCUCCUGUGUUGGCAGCCUAUGCGGCCGAAGGGGAUACAGAACAGGAUGGCCAAGCCGCAGGCCCCCGUCGUGAUCGAGCGCAGGCUGGCAGACAGCAGACGGCACUCUGAGGUGUCGUUGCUGAAAGAAACACCCAAGAAGGAGGCGCCCAUCAUCAAGGUCGGCAAGAUGAUCUACUGGGACACGAGUGUGACGUACAGUAACACAGGUACGCCCAAGUCCGGGGCUGGGAGGCCACAAGCCUACCGCGUCCAGAGCCACGGCUCCAGGCGGUGGAGACGGGUUUCUUGCACGUUGCGUGAGAACGGCGAGCUCAAGCUGUACUCGGACACCGACGUCACCCUCGUGUCGACCGUCCAGCUCUCCCAGCUCUCGCGCUGCGCCGUUCAGCGGCUGGAUCCCUCGGUUCUGGAUAACGAGUUCUGCAUCGCCGUGUAUCCGCAAUAUACUGCCGCGUCUUCAUCGAUACCGUUGUUGCGCCCUGUUUUCCUGUCACUGGAGUCUCGAGUCCUGUACGAAGUUUGGAUCGUCCUUCUGCGCGCAUUCACCGUCCCACAACUGUACGGCCCCAAGUCAGACACCCUGCACGAGGAGGGUCCUCUGUCGCCAGCAUUCGAAACGCAGGACAUGUUUCGCAUGGAGAAGUCGCUGUUCUUAAAAGUCAUCGAGGCGCGGUUAGUGCCGCCUGUCAGCCCCAAGGUUGCUGUUGGUGAGGGGCCGACACCGUUACGACCGUCUUCCUCUGCCACGACGAACCCAGGGGGAUACCUCAUCGAAGUGCUGCUGGAUGGAGAAACUCGCGCGCGCACAACAGUGAAGAACGAAGGCAAUACCCCGUUCUGGAGAGAAGAAUUCGAAUUCUUGGACCUGCCGGCACUGCACACGGCCUCACUGUUGCUGAAGAAACGACCACCGAGCUACAACCGAAACGACAAAAGCAUGUUCGAGAACGCAAUUGGCACCGAUGCGUAUGCGUCAGAAGGCGGGUACGCUGGCAUUUCAUUUGAUCAGACGCUGGGCAAAACGGAUAUUUAUCUCGAUGAUCUGGGACCGAACCAAGAGCUGGAGAAGUGGUGGCCACUUGUGAACAUGUACGGCAACAGCGUCGGCGAAGUGCUUGUGCGCGUCAGUAGCGAGGAGUGUGCGAUCCUGAUGGCUCGCGACUACUACCCCUUGUCGGAGCUCCUACAUCGCUUCUCGAACAGUCUGACGCUACAGAUAGCCCACAUGGUGCCGAACGAGCUCAGAAGAUUGUCCGAAUAUCUGUUGAACAUCUUCCAGGUGUCUGGAGCAGCUGUAGACUGGCUGUGUGCGCUGGUGGAGGAGGAGAUUGACGGGACGUUGAAGGACUCGCCUGCAAGCCGACUUCGCUUCAGUAAGAGGCUUGGAUCCAGCGACUCGAACGAGUCAUCUCUCGGCGCUUUUGGCUCUGCAAGCGACCGAGAACUCUUCGUCCGAGACAUGGGCGUCAACGCCAAGUUAGAGGCUAACCUACUAUUCCGCGGCAACACUCUCCUCACCAAGUCGUUGGAUCUGCACAUGAAGAGGCUGGGCAAGGAGUACCUCGAGGAGACACUAUGCGACAAGCUGAGGGAGAUCAACGAGAAAGAUCCUGAUUGCGAAGUCGAUCCCAACCGAGUGUCGUCUCAGCACGAGCUAGACCGCAACUGGAGACGUCUCAUCAAUUGCACGGAAGAAGUGUGGCGAGCAAUCUACAACUCUGUACAAAGAUGCCCGCAAGAGCUGAGGGUCAUCUUCAGGCACAUUAAAGCGUGUGCUGAAGACCGAUAUGGCGACUUCCUUCGCACAGUGAAGUACAGCAGUGUGUCUGGUUUCCUCUUCUUGCGCUUCUUCGUUCCGGCAGUGCUGAACCCAAAGCUGUUUGGCCUGCUGAAGGCUCGAAGAACAUUUACACUGAUCGCAAAGUCACUGCAGGGUUUGGCCAACAUGUCCUCUUUCGGCACCAAAGAAGCUUGGAUGGAGCCUAUGAACGCUUUCCUCACUUCGCAUCGACAGGAGUUCAAGAAGUAUCUGGACGACAUUUGCUCGGUAUCAACCGCAAACUCGCCAGCACCGCCAAUUCCGCCAUCCUACAGCACGCCCAUCGCCAUCCUGCACCGCCUUCCUCCAACGUUCAAAGAGGGCUUCCCAUCGCUCCCGUACCUGAUCGACCACUCGCGCAACUUUGCGAUGCUCAUCAGCCUCUGGCUUGAGAACACCACUAAGACUGCUCACGAGAUCCAAGCGGGCGAUGGCGAUCUUCUUCGGUUCCACAACAUUUGUGUGUCCCUUAGCGAGCGUACGAAAGAUUGCUUGAACCGUGCCGAGCCUGCUGAACGCCCUUCUUCGUCAUUGAGCGUCAAGUGGGAGGAACUGAUUGAACAACUGCAGGGUGCAAACCUGGAUGCUGGACGGGGAGCAAUGACCAGGAGCCGAGGAGCGAUCAAAGAGGAAGAGCUGGAAGAUAUACCGACAUCGCCAGGUAAUGGCGCUGGUAACGGAGACGACUACUUGUCAUCAUCAGCUGCUACCACUCCCAUAACCAUGAGACCACCGGCAAAGACAAGACACCAACAGAACUCGAGCAUUUCGGCGUCCCAAAGCUCGCUCAGGAGCAACAACUCCCACCAGAUCUCGUACAUCAACCCCUUCGCCAGUCGCGGCGGGUAUGCACCUUCAACGAACGAGUCUAUGACCACCUCGCAGUCAGCAUCAGCAUCUGCAAGUGCAUCGGCAUCAGCCGGGGAGGAAACACCACCCGGCUCUAGUGAUGGCCUGCACAUGGCACCCGCACCUUCCUACCCACAAACGCAUACCAACCCCUCCGGCUCGACUGGCUCCUUCCAACGUAGCAAUCCCGCUGCACCCAUCAAUACAUCCCACUCCGAGCUCAUGUCUCCUGACUCUAACAUGCGCACCGUUCGCCCCGACCUUGAGAACCAGAGCAAAGAAACGAGCGAAAACGGUUCUGUGCACGAAGAAGAGUACACCACCGCGCUGCCCGCUUUCUCCUCCCAAGCGCCCAAAGAACUGAAAGAAAAAGAACGGAAAGAGCGCGGUCUGCGCGGCGUACUGCCGUUCCAGCGCAAGAAGAAGGACAAAGACCGAGAUAAGGAGAAGGACCGCGAUAAGAGCAAGCAUAAGGAGAAAGACAUGCUCGAUCUACUCGAGAAGGAGCGCCGUGGCGACUACUCGUUGGGCAGUAUGAGAGGCAGACCCGACAAGGAUAAGAAGAAAGAGGAAAGGGAUGAAGAGUUCUGA